CAGAUGAUUGGGAUGCAGCUGUUGCCAGUUUAUUACAAGUCACUCCUUUGUUUUCUCACUCUUUGUGGAGUAAUACAGUAAGAGUGUAUCUCAUUAACACUGAAGAGACUCAGUUGGAAGUAGAUAUUUUCUUAAAGAAAUACUCUCCAAAACUUCAGAAAUAUUGUGAGACAAUGGAGUAUUUUUUUCAAGUUGUCUAUUUUCCAAUAGAAAAUGAGAGUUGUCUACAUGCUGUAAGGAAAUGGGAAAUUGAGAAAAGUUCUCUAACAAUUUUGUUUUUACAUUUAAAUCUGCCAAGGCAUCUACUGGAUGAGUGUGAAGAAGCCUUUUUGAAAAACUCUGAAGGGAAGCCUCGGCUCAUUUACCACCGACUAGAAAAUGGUCAAGUCAGUUCAGAUUCUGUGCAGCAAUUAAUUGAGCAAGUUCAUUUUGUGAAUAAAGCAAAGAUCAUCAAUCACAUGGGAGGAUUAGAGGAAGGAGCAUAUGAAGUAUAUAGUUAUGUGGAAAAGAUUAUAAAGCAGGAUAUAUUGGGCUGUGACGUUUCACAUAUAGAAAAGAAAGAUGCGACUGGUGACUGUAGUGGUGACUAUUCAGUUCCUAAAGAUGAACUGUUUGGAGAUGUGCUAUGGGAUGCACAUGCUGAACAAGAACAAAUAGAAGCUUUCCAGCAGGCAUCUAAUUCAACAUAUGAGCUCGGAUUUGACAAAUAUUAUGAAAGUCUAAACGAUUUGGUGGCAGCCCCUGCACCAAUUCCACCCCUCCUUGUAUCUGGAGAGCCAGGAUCUGGAAAAUCUCUCCUUUUAUCAAAAUGGAUUCAGUUACAACAGAAGCAUUCUCCAAAUACACUCAUUCUCUAUCAUUUUGUUGGGAAACCAAUGUCGAGCAGUUCGGAGCCUACAUUGAUUCUCAAACGUCUCACUUUAAAACUUAUGCAAAAUUCCUGGUCAGUUUCACCUACUUCAUUGGAGCCAGCUAAAUUAUUAGAAGAAUUUCCUCGUUGGUUAGAGAAACUUUCUUCUCGCCAGCAAGGCAGCAUUAUAAUCAUUAUUGAUUCAAUUGAUCGAAUACAGCAAGCUGAAAAGCAUAUGAAGUGGCUGAUUGAUCCACUGCCAGUGAAUGUAAGAGUUGUGGUAUCUGUGAAUGUUGAAAGUUGUCCACAAGCUUGGAGGCUGUGGCCUACCAUUCAUCUUGAACCAUUAACUGUCAGCUAUAUGAAAUAUCUGAUUAAUGAAGAAUGCAACAGCGCAAGCCUGAAGCUGACCAAAGAACAGGAGAAGAAGAUUGAGAAACACAGUAAUUCUACUUCAACCUGCACUGCCCUCUAUGUCACUCUUUUGGGCAGAAUGAUGGCUGGAACCAAAAGUACAGAAGAUAUUGAUGUAUUUCUACAGAGGUGUUUUGAGUGCCAGGAUGUCAUGGCUCUUUACCAGCUAGUUUUGAGAUCAGUUGAAGAGUCCUUGAAAAGUGAUAAGGAGAAAAGACUCAUGAAGGAGAUUCUGUGCCUCAUCAGUGUUAGUCACAAUGGAAUCAGUGAAUCAGAACUCAUGGAACUCUGCCCUGAGCUAUCGUGGGAAAUGCUGGCCUCCUUAAUUUAUAGAAUGCACAAAAUGUGUAUCUUGACUUAUAGAUGUGGUUUGUUAAGGUUUCAGCAUCUUCAGGCUUGGGAUACAGUGAAAUUGGAAUAUAUAGAAGGAAGUCAGAAUGGUUUUGCCUCUCAUAGAGAAAAACUGAUAGACUACUUUACCAGGCAGUUGAGUGAAGAAAGAGUGACAUGGAGGAGUGCAGAUGAAUUGCCCUGGUUGUUCCAGCAACAAGGGGACAAGCAGAAGUUACAUAAAUGCUUAUUGAAUCUGUUUAUAUCUCAGAAUCUUUAUAAAAGGGGACAUUUUGCAGAACUACUCAGCUACUGGCAGCUUCUUGGGAAAGAUAAGAGCUCCAUGGCAGUAGAAUAUUUAAGUUCUCUGAAGUUAUAUGAGAAAAAUUGUGAAGGAGAAGAAAGCAUGAUCUGUUUGGCUGAUCUUUAUGAGACCCUGGGGCAAUUUCUAAAAGACCUAGGUCUUCUCAGUCAGCGCUCUCUGGAGAUUCGAGAGACUGCCCUUGAUCCAGAUCAUCCCAGAGUGGCUCAGUCACUUCAUCAGUUAGCUAGUGUUUAUGUGCAAUGGAAGAAAUAUGGCAAUGCUGAGCAGUUAUAUAAACAAGCACUUGAGAUCUCUGAAAAUGCUUACGGAUCUGAUCAUCUCAGGAUAGCUCGUGAACUUGAUGCUCUGGCAACAUUAUAUCAGAAGCAGAACAAAUUUGAACAGGCUGAACAUCUUAGGAAGAAAUCCUUCAAAAUUCAGCAAAAAAUUGCAAGAUGGAAAGGCAGUUUGUAUGGAUUUGCUCUUCUUCGUCAACGAUCUUUGCAGCUGGAAGAGCUGACUUUAGGUAAAGAUACCUCAGACAAUGCUCGAACACUUAAUGAGCUUGGAGUUCUCUACUAUCUUCAGAAUAAUCUGGAGACAGCAGAACUUUUCUUGAAACGCUCUUUGGAAAUGAGAGAACGGGUUCUUGGACCCAGUCACCCUGAUUGUGCCCAGUCACUGAACAAUUUAGCAGCCCUCAACAAUGAAAAGAAGAGCUAUUACAAGGCAGAGGAAUUGUAUGAGCGAGCAUUGAACAUCAGGAGAAAAGCAUUAGCACCUGACCAUCCUUCUUUGGCUUACACUGUGAAACAUCUAGCUGUGCUUUACAAAAAGCUGGGAAAGCUUGACAGAGCUGUUCCUCUGUAUGAGCUUGCUGUUGAAAUCAGACAAAAAUCCUUUGGUCCAAAACAUCCAAGUGUGGCUACUGCUUUAGUAAAUCUGGCAGUUCUUUAUUGUCAAAUGAAAAAAAAUCAGGAAGCGUUGCCUCUGUAUGAACGUGCACUGAAAAUUUAUGAAGACAGCUUGGGGCACAUGCAUCCUCGUGUAGGGGAAACAUUAAAAAAUUUGGCUGUGCUAAGCUAUGAAGGGGGUGAAUUUGAGAAGGCUGCUGAGCUCUAUAAGAAAGCCAUGGAAAUUAAAGAAGAAGAAAUGCUGGUAAUGGGUGGAAAAGCUACUUCCCAUCACUCAUCAACUGGAGAUACACUCAGCAUUAAAAGUGCUUUUUCUCACAACAUGUAUUUUCAACAUGGACCAAGAUAAUGGAAAGUAGUAUAUUAAUCAUUAGAAGAAAAUAUUUUUGCUGAAAAGAAAUAAGGUUCCAUUUUAAACGAGUAGAAAAAGAGAAGAGAAAAAAAGUUAAAGAUUUGUGUUAGUUUAUUAACACUGAUUUUGAGCAUAUUAUAUUCAGCUAAGACUGUUUUUAAAUAUUUGGCUAAUAUUUUUAAAAAAUUAUCUGUUAUGCCAGGGGUGCCAAACUCAAUUUCAUUGGCUGCAUUAGCAUUAUGCCUGCCCUUGGGGGGCAGGUGGACAUGGCUAGGUGGGCACAUCCCAAUCGGGUAUGGCCACCUUGAUGGGAAAAGUGGGGAAUCCCCAUCUCUAAGAGGCAGCUGGCAGUCCGAAGCCUGUGCAGCACAGUUGGAAGCAUCAGGACCAUUGAUCUGACACUCCAAGCAGCAGGCAGAGGCACCUGAUCAGGCCUGUCAGAUGCCCAGGCAGCCAUAUAUCCUGCCAGAUGUGCAGUCACCUGGUCCAUCCCAGCUGCAGCCGCCGCAGGCAAAAGACAGGUUGUGAGGUUGCGAUGAGGCAGCCCAGCUGGUUACCACCACGCUGCAGCCCGUGUGCUUGGCCCCCUCUGUCAAACCUUAUCCUACAGCGAGCCUGCUGCUUGUCCCCCAGCACCGAUGGCCCCGGUGAUGGGAAGAGAGAGUGGGGAGCAGACUCUGGAGGACGAGGUUGGAGGGAGGGGACUGAGCGUCCCACAUGUGCAUCAGAGUUAAAAGACAAACUUGGACAGAUCUACCCCCGCCCUGCCACCUCCCUCCCCUCGCCUCAUGGCAGCAGCACCGUAGCAAGUGAAGGGAGAGGCACACAAUUCAGUCCGGCUGCCUGUCCCACCCCAGCUGCGGUGGCCACAGGCAAGCAAAGUCAGACAGUGGGAAUGGAGUGUGUGGGUGGGUGGCCACCCAGCCCUUCCAAUGGGCUAGAUCACAUGCUUCCUCAUGCCUCUGCCUACUGCUUAGGGCCAGUGUGGCGGUUGCAGCACCCCAGACCCACCUCCACUGUGUGUCCUGAGGAGCCCCUCAGCUGAUGGGCUAUUGCCAGACACCAUUGGCAUGCUCACUGCCUCCUUUGCAUGCCUGGGGCAUCUGGCAGGAACAUUCAAUCUUUCACUGUUUCUGGGAUGGCCCUGUGGGCCAAAUUUCAGCCUUGUAUUUAACAUGUCUGGUUGAAGGCUUUGUUCCUGCCCUCAAACAAUAAGGCUGGUGCACAUGAGCAAGCAGUGAAUCCGGGCCAUGGACGGUGUUGUUUCCUGAGCCUAGCCUUAGAUUCCAUAGGGCUGCCCUGCCACCUCAGCCCCGCCCCCUGGUCACAUGCACAGGAAACGGUGAGUGUGCGAGCACUGGAGUCCUGGCCGAAAUGAAGCGCUCAGCCUGCACUCAGCCUUUGGGGUAACAUGGUCCCCCGGUGACGCCAGACCCCCCACCCCCAUGCAUGCACACCUCUUAUGUGCGCACCCAAGGGGCAGGGCUGGGGCAGCCACUCAUGGGCUCCAAGGAAGUCCCGCAGAUCUAAGGUUGGUCACUUUCUGGCCCAGAUGGCUCCCAGCAGUUUGUAAAUCAGUGCCCGGUCAGCAGGGCAACCCUGCAGGGCAGAUCUAACCACCUUGUGGGCCAGAUCUGGCCCAUGGGCCUUGAUUUUGACACCCCUGCGUUAUGCUAUUAAUUUUUUCUACCUUUUUUAUUUAAAAACUCGAGUUGUUCUGUCCUCUAUUAAGUAAAUAGAAACCAUUUACUAGCCAUUUGGAUUUUUGGAUUGCCAUUUUUCUUUGUUGCAGAAAGAAGUUACAAAUGAAACUAGGAAUUAACAGAACAAUUAUAGUUUGCAUAUUAUUGUAGAUAUGUAAAUCUCGAUGAGAUUUAUUUUUAAAAAUUGAAUGUAUAGUCAAAAUUAAGUAUUUGGCUGUUUAUACAGAUGAAUAUAGGUAGUCUUGUUAUGACAAUAAUUGACCCUAAAAUUUUGCUAAGUGAGGAAAUUUUUAAGUAACUUUUGCCCCAUUUUAGGACUUUUUGUUACAAUUGUUAAGUGAAUCACGGCAGUGUUAAGUGAAUUAUGUGAUCACUAAACGAAUCUGUCUUCUCCCAUUGACAUUGCUUGUCAGAAGCUAGAUGGGAAGGUUAUAAAUGGUGGUCACGUGACUCCAGGACAGUGCAACUGUCAUAAAUAAAUGUGAGUUGCCAAGUGCCCAAAAUUUGAUCAUGUGACCAUAAGGUUACUACAACUAUCGUUAAGUGUGAAAACUGGUCAUAAGUCACUUUUUUCAGUGCCAUUAUAACUUUGGUCACUAAAUGAAUAUUAUAAGUUGAGGACUACCUAUAGUUGAGAUAUAAAAUAGGAAAACUAGAUCUGAAUAGAAAAAUUUAAAAAUAAUAACACAAAUGUCUAAUUGCUAAAAAUGUAAACUUUGGCAUAGAAAAGAACUUAACUUAAAAAUAAUCUGGUUUCAUUUGUGUCCAAUACUAACUAUAUCCUAUAGUUUAGUAUUAUACAGGUAUUCUUACCUACUUUCCUUGUAAUUCUUUACGCUUUUCUAAGGACUGGGAAAUCACUAUUGUUAAUGUUCUUUAACUGUACUUUAGUGCCCAAAUAUGGGCUUGGUUUACUGAAAAAAGCCGAUUUCAAAUAUUGGUUUAGGAAGGUGAAGUUUCAGUGAACUAUAAUAAACAUUAUCCAGAGU